AUGCCAGUCGGGACGGGACCUGGGACUGGGCAGCCUGCGUCAGGGGGAGGGGGAGUUGGACCAUCGACAUUCCAGAAUAUAUACUAUCAACGAGCCACAGCAACGGAUCGACCAUGUUAUGUCUGUUUGAGACCAACCGCUGUGGUCUUAUGGCGGGCUGAAGAUUUCUUCUAUGUGUGCGAACGACACCUGAGUGACCCCGCAACCCUCAUUCCUCCUCCCGGCUCCGGCCCAUCAGAUGAAGACAUCAAGAAGGUCAUUGCCGACCACCAUGCUCGAGAAGAACGUAAGAAAUUGGCGCAGAAGGAUGGUCAACCUAAAGUGAAAGAUGAAAAAGAGAAAGGAAAGGAGGGAAAGGAUAGUAAAGGGGAAGAGAAGAAAUCUUCGAGACAAUCAUCCCCACCUCUUUCCAUACCGAAUUCCAACCCUCCGACUCAUAAGAAAUAUACUUUACAUCGACAUAUAUUUGAUAUGCGUAGGGCGGAGGUGAAGAAACGAGCAUUGGGUCAACAAGCUAAGGAGAUGACGAAAGGAUUACCGCCUGUCCCCAGAGGGGGGUUUUGA